UGGAUCAAAGCGUCGAGACCCAGAGCCUCAUCUCACGGUUCAACGAUAUGACCCCGCAAGACACUGAAUCAAGGGAGGCGUCACGGAAGCGCCAAGGACGGGGUCAGAGUGAGUUACAUAUGUUUGGCUGCUACGCUGGCGGCAUCCGACUGACCCGAAAUGGAUGGAAAGGAAACACCAAGCUAGGCACAAGAAACCCUUCAAAUGUGAUAUUGAGGGCUGCCAAAAGGAAACAGAGGGGUUUAGUACCAGCAACGACCUCGAUCGGCAUAAGCGAUGCGUACACAAACUCCUCAAGCCAGGCGAGGUCGUUUACCGCUGUGACUUGGGCUCGUGCAAGGAUAAAGAGAAGGAUUGGCCCAGGCAGGACAACUUCAAGCAGCAUCUGAAGAGAAAGCACGAUCUGGAAGGUGUUGACCUGAGCCGCUUCAUCUUUCGGUCUUCCGACGCGGCGGACCCUACGGACCCCGGAGCAUCCGAGACCUUCUCAGGAGACACGUCCGCGGUCGCGAACUCGGAUGCAGCCUCGUCGUGGCUUGGGUUGGAUCACGCGCACGUCUCGCCUGCUAGCCUGACGACGCGUAUCCCCAGCUUUGCCCAGACCGGUGGCAUGACGCAGUUUCCGCGCAAUCCUGUCAUGGAGGAACGAGACUUUACUUUGCCAAGAGCCGUCGAUUCAUCUCGAUUAUCGGGAAGUGCCGGUCUUGAAGUAGGUCCCGUGCUUUCCGACGCCGGUAUCCCUCAGGUUUCUGCGCGAGGAGAGAUCGCGCCAGCCAUCGAUACUCUGUCACGGGUUGGUGACCCGGCCUGGGUUGCGCCGGAUUCCCUCAGCCAGACACAACCGGAAACCAGGGCUUUCGGCCCGCAACUCCCUGAGGCAUCGCCGAGGCAGGUGGCGGAACUCGAGGUGGAUGAUGAGGGUCCGGACGUCGCCGCCGAAGACGCCCAGUCUGAGCGAGCGGAAGCGGAGUCUGCUGUGCCGGACGAGAUGGAGCUGGACAACCCUGCGCAGGAUUCCAUGUCUGAGGAUAACCUUCACGACCCAGAUUCUGAAGAUGACGGACCUUCAGACAGCACGACCGACGGGCAAGCAGAUCUUCUCCGGGACACGGGCGCUCAAUACUCCAGCGUGGACGGAGUCCACCUGAAGUCACCCUCCACCGAGAUGCAAUUGGCCGCCGACGCGCCAAGACCCAUCGACCUCGACGAUGAGUCGCAAGCGAGCGCCGUCCUCCGAUCAUUGAUGGAGAAAGGCAUGCUCGGGAAGCUUCUGAAGGAGGUGGGAUACCGCGCGGCCGAGGAGGCAGAGACCAAGGCCAAAGAGCAGCGACCGCCGGCCAACUCGUCCGCGCCGAGUGACGGCAGUCGCGUCAACAAGUGCCAAGACUGUCCCAAGACUUUUGUUCGCCGUUGCGAACUCAAGAAGCAUCAGAAGCGCCACGCAAGACCGUACGCCUGCACCUUCGCCAAGUGCGACAAGACGUUCGGCAGCAAGAACGACUGGAAGCGGCACGAGAAUAGCCAGCACUUCCAGCUCGAGAUCUGGCGCUGCGCCGAGAAGGCCUCGGGCGCGGCAGCGGCGGACCAGGAGUGCGGCAAGGUGUGCCACCGCCGCGAAUCGCUCAAGUCGCACCUGGAACGGGACCACGGCAUCCACGACCCGGCGACCUUGGAGCGGAAGCUGGCCGACUGCCGCAUGGGCCGCAACUUCGAGUCGCGCUUCUGGUGCGGCUUCUGCCAGAAGACCAUUGAGCCGACCGGCAAGGGCGGCCCCGCCCACAGCGAGCGCUUCGACCAUAUCGACGACCACUUUAACGGUCGCGGCGUGCCCAAGGCCGACAUCAAGGACUGGAAGCACGUCGAUACCGACCCGCUCGAGUCGUCGUCGUCGUCGCCCGACGGCGGCUCGCCGGGCAGGGGCAGGCGGGACGGCUCGGCCCGCGGUGGCCGGCCGGAGUGGGUCCACGUGCCUCGGUCGGCCAGCGGCUUCCGCAAGCGGCCGCACAGCUCCGGCCGGGAUGGCGAGGCGUCGUCGAGAGCGAAGCGGGCCAAGAACGGCCGCGGCGGAAAGCGGGAUACCUGGUGGAGCUGCUGCUCGUGCAAGAUGUACUGGAGCCUGGCGCUCACGAACAAGUGCAUGGAUCCCUGCAACCACGACCACUGCUCUGCAUGCGAGAUAUUCGAGAGAAGCAGCACGGAGCUGCGGGUGCAGGUUCGCGCGCCGGGCCAGGAUCAGGAUAUGGCCCAGGAUCAGGAUACAGCCCAGGAGAACGGGCUGAUGGCUUGAUGACUUGAUGACAGCCCCGCUGCUACCUCGGUAGCAGAGGUUUACGACCUAUGAUGUGAUACCCCUGGUUAUUUCUCGCGUUUUGGAUGAGAAGGAUGCUAC